UGGUUCUCAUCUUUGCUUGCAGGUUAAAACUAACGCGAGGAUUGGAAGAAAACUAGACUGGACCACCAGUUUCUUUUGCAGGAUCAUCUGGACAGAUGGAUUCUUCACAGUCUGACUAUUUUGAAAACUUUGGCAGAGUCCAUGGUGUUUUAUUGUACAAACCCUUUAUCAAAUAUUGGGAUGAUGUGGAAACAUUUCAGGCAAGAGAAGAUGAUGUUGUGAUUGCGACCUAUCCCAAGUCUGGUACAACUUGGGUGAGUGAAAUUGUAGAUGUGAUCUACAAAGAAGGUGACGUGGAAAAGUGCAAACAAGAUGCCAUUUUUAAUAGAGUACCUUUUCUGGAGUGCAGAAAUGAGGAUUUGUUAAAUGGAGUGAAGCAAUUAAAAGAGAUGGCAUCUCCUAGGCUCGUGAAGACACAUCUGCCACCUAAACUUCUUCCAGCAUCAUUCUGGGAAAAGAAUUGCAAGAUUAUAUAUCUUUGCAGGAAUGCAAAAGAUGUGGCUGUUUCUUAUUAUUACUUCUUUAAAAUGGUGCCUGUUCACCCAAACCCUGGCUCCUUUCCAGAGUUUGUGGAAAAAUUUAUGGACGGGCUGGUUCCAUAUGGUUCUUGGUAUGAACAUGCAAAAUCAUGGUGGGAAAAGAGAAAAAAUUCAUCAGUUCUAUUUAUUUUCUAUGAAGACCUAAUAGAGGAUAUCAGAAAGGAAGUGAUAAAAUUGAUACAAUUUCUGGGAAGAAAACCCUCAGAAGAACUUGUAAAUAAGAUCAUACAACAUACUUCAUUCGAGCAGAUGAAGAACAAUCCAACUACCAAUUACACAAUGCUCCCGGAAGCAGUGAUGAACCAAAAAAUAAGUCCCUUCAUGAGAAAAGGGAUUUUAGGAGACUGGAAAAAUCACUUUACAGUAGCUCUGAGUGAAAAAUUUGAUGAACACUAUGAACAACAAAUGAAGGGGUCCACACUGAAACUGCGAACUGAGAUCUAACUGGAUUCAUAUUGAUACAUCUGAGAUUCUGGUUUUCUUCUUCAAUUGUUCUGUAUUCUACUUUUCAAAUCAUACAUUUAUAUCAAUUCUUCAUUUCUCUAAAUCAAAGAAAUCUUUAAUCAUAAAAGCUUUUACUGAGGUGCUUUAGAACAUUGUGUGUAUAAUGACUCAACUAAAUGAUGACAUUUUAUGAGAUUUGAUAUGAAUUUAUUUUAAAUUCUCAGAAGGUCAGAAUCUUCCAGCAUUCUUUUGAAAUACCUGUGUUUUCCAAUGAUAUUAUGUUUUAAUGUAUAAUCUAGUUAUGUAGCACUGUAGCACUGUCCUCCCGUGGUUCACCAAUUUGCUUGAGCAGUCACCAGUAACGUCUCACAACAAAUUGUGAGACUUCUUGUUACUGUUUUGGCAUAUUGAAUACAUCACGGGUAGCUUGCCAGGCUUUGCUGUGCGGGCGAGAUACUCUUGAGAGCUUACCGGGCUCUCCGAGAGGGAUGGAGAAAUAGAACCCAAGUUGGCCAUGUCAGCCACAUGCAAGGAAAAUGCCUUACCCGCUGUGCUAUUUAGUUAUGUAAUAUACAGAAAUUACAAAGUGAAAGUAUUGCUUGGAAUGUAAAUGUGAAGAAGAAUCUCAAUCUCUGAAAGAAAAAUUUAUUAUCCACUUUCCAAAUAAAUAACUAUUAUCGUCUUUGUUUUA